CGCUUUAGAAUCGCGUGUAAAUACGAGACACGAGACAGCUGGCUGACAGUAUGCACAUAACCUUUUUAGGCUACGUAAAUGAAAAAUCUGAGUUAAUCGAUAAAGUGUAUUUUUUAGUGAUAUAAAUUAAAACAUGUUUCGUUUUGGAGCGAGAUGUUCUUUCAUCGUCAGAAAUUUUAGCACGAAGCUCGAUGACAUCGGCAACCUCGUUAAAAAAAAUAAAGUAGUCGUCUUUAUGAAAGGCAUACCAGAAGAACCAAGAUGUGGAUUUAGCAACGCCGUGGUUCAAAUAUUACGAAUGCAUGGUGUUACUUAUGAUGCUCACGAUGUUCUUAAAAAUGAAGAGCUCAGACAAGGCAUAAAAGACUUUUCCAAUUGGCCCACAAUACCUCAGGUAUAUAUAAAUGGUGACUUUGUGGGCGGCUGUGAUAUACUGUUAGAAAUGCACAAAAAUGGUGAGCUUAUUGAGGAAUUAAAGAAAGCUGGUAUUACAAGCGCUCUUUUGGAAAAUGAAGAAUCGACUCAAGGUGGGGUGAACAAAUCUAAAGAAUAAAUUUAACUUAAUUAGUAUGUAAAUAAAUGACUGAAUCUUUUAUUUGGCCAGUUUUUAUUAUAAUAAACAUUUUUUUGUUAAUGUUAA